CCGCGGCCAUGGCGGCGCUGGCGGAGCGGCUGCGGGCCGAGGCGAGCUGCUCGGUGUGCCUGGAGCUGUUCUCGGAGCCGGUGCUCACCGAGUGCGGCCACAGCUUCUGCCGCCGCUUGGAGGCGCCCGGCGCCGCCGCCUGCCCGCAGUGCCGGGCGCCGCCGGGCCCGGGCUCGCCGCGGCCCAACCGGGCGCUGGGCGCCGUGGCCGAGCUGGAAGCCGAGGCGGGGCGGCCCCGCUGCCGGCGGCACGGCGAGGCCCUGGGGCUGUUCUGCGAGAGCUGCCGCCGCCCGCUCUGCCCUCGCUGCUGGGACGAACCUGCGCACCGCCAGCACCCGGCGCGGCCCGCGGGGCAGGCGGCGCAGCGCCGGCGGCUGGGUCGCCCCCGCCGAGGGGCAGCAGCCCGCGGGGCCGGGGCCAGGGCCCCUGAGAUGCUCCAGAGUGACCUGGUGCUCAUGCAGAAAGAGAAAGAAGAUCUUAAGCCUGGAGGAGAAGAGCAAAGCGAUGUCCUGCUGAGCCAGGUGGCCUUGGAGCAGCAGAGGCUGAGGGACACCUUUGAGGAGCUGCAGCAGUUCCUGCAGGAGCAGAAGGAGGUUCUGCUGGCCCAGCUGGCCCAGGCACACCAGGAGCUUGCCAAGCAGCGCAGCCACUACGUCUCCAGAGCUGCGGAGAGGAGGUCCCUGCUGGACAGGGCGAUUGCAGAGAUCGAGAAGAAACGUGACCAGCCGGCAGCUGAGUUCCUCAUGGAUGUUGACAGAACCCUGAGCAGCUGCGAGGCAGCGAAGGUCCCAGUCCCGGAGCCAGUUUCACCAGAGCUGCAGAGGCAGGUGGGGAACCUCUGUGAGCUGAGCCAGCUGCUCACAGCCACCCUGGCCGACCUCAGAGGGAAAGUGCUGAGUGUGAUGGACAGAGAAAGAGUGAGGGUGACGCUGGAUCCAGAGACGAUGAGCCCAGACCUGGUCCCCUCUGAGGACUGCAGGAGCGUGAGGCUGGGAGAAGGGCAGCAGAACCUCCCCAGCACCCCCAAGAGAUUCUUGGGCAGCCCCAGCGUCCUGGGCUCCCAGGGGUUCACAUCUGGGAGGCAUUACUGGGAGGUGGGGGUAGGAAACGGGCCCAGCUGGGCCGUGGGGGUGGCCCUGGGCUCGGUGGGGAGGGAGGAGUCGCUCGGCGCGGCCAUGGGGAAGAUCUGGGCCCUGCGGCCGGGCUGGGACCGGCGGUACGCGGCGCUGCGGCGGCCGCCCCGCAGGAUCCGCGCGCAGCCGGACUGCGACGCCGGCCGAGCGACCUUCCGCCACGCGGAGAGCACGGAGCAGCUCCUCCGGUGCCAGGCGUCCUUCACCGAGGUCUUCCCCUACUUCUGGCUCUGGUCCCAGGAGACCGUCACCCAGCAGUGCGGCUGA